AUGGCUGUGGCAGACGUGAUUGACAUUAAGAAGUUGAAGGAGCUUCGGAGGACCAACCCCACCAAGGCGAAGAAUCUCAUAAAAAAGAUAAAAAAGAAAAAUGCGAAGAAGGAAAAAAGGGACAAAACGGAGAGGAAGAUCGACAGCACUGGUACUGUAAACACAGACGCUGCGAACAGCUACGGACACGAGUCCUACGUGGAGUACGUGGAGGAAGAUAUUGACGAAGAAAUUUUUAAAAACUUCCAAGAUGUGUACAAAAAGUUUAAAGGCAACAGGGAUGACCAAUCGGAAUACGAACAGCCAGUGGAAGAUGAGAAAAAAAUAAAUCUGGAGAGUAGCCACUCCGAAGACGACUCAGAUGAUGACUUGGAUGAGGAGGAUGAUGAAGAAGAGGAAGAAAAUGGGGGAAAGACAAAAAAGAAAGAACCCAUUUCGAAGAAAGCAUUAAAAUUGUUAAGCAGACCAUCCAUAGUGCAGUUGAAAGAAUUUGCAAAAAAACCGGAGCUAGUCGAAAUAUGGGACACGACAGCAAGUGACCCAUUUUUCUUCGUAUGGUUAAAAUGCCUAAAAGAUUCUGUGCCGGUGCCACAGCAGUGGUGCCAAAAGAGGAAAUAUAUGCACGGAAAGAGAGGAAUUGAAAAAAUCCCAUACCAAUUACCUCCCUACAUUGAAGAUACGAAAAUUAGCGAAAUUAGACAAGCCAUAAAAGAAAAGGAAGAACAAAAAUCAUUAAAGCAAAAAAUGCGGGAUAGAGUCAGACCCAAGCUGCAUACCAUGGACAUCGACUACCAGACUCUUCAUGAUGCUUUCUUUAAAUAUGCAACAAAACCCAAGUUAGUCAAAUUUGCAGAUGUUUACUAUGAAGGGAAAGAAUUUGAGUUAAAAACGAAAAAAUUCCGUCCAGGAGUUAUUUCGGAAAAGCUGAGAAAAGCUCUAAAUGUAGAUCCAACGGAACCCUUGCCUUGGUUAUUUAAUAUGCAGAAAUAUGGAUUACCUCCCUCUUUUCCUUAUUUAUCUAUUCCCGGAUUGAAUGAACUUACAUCGGAGAGCUCCGCAGGGCAGACUGCCCAUGGCAACACAUCAGGGUUGCCUCCACAGAGUGGAUUGAACAAAUCGCAGGAGGAGGCACCCAAAGCAAAAUACGAAAAUGUUGAUGACUCGGGAAAUAUUGUUUAUGGGAAUUUCAUAUCUCACCAGAAAAAUGACAACAGCAGUAAGUAUCCGGACGACUUCCUCUGGGGAGAGAUUGAUGAAAAUUAUGUAAGCUCUGAAGAGGAGGAAGAAAGGGAGGAAGCAGAGGAAGAAGAAGAAGCAGAUGAAGAGGGAACAAAGGCGAAGAAGAAGAAAAAAAAAGGACAGUCAAAGGAACAGAAAGACAAAAUGAAUGGACUCGAUUCGGAAAAUCCAAACCUGCAUUUGAAUGAAGACAUAAUGAAAGGAAAUUACAACAGUGGAUUGUACAGUGUUGCCACGAAUACGAAAAUAAACGGGUCAUAUACUCCCUUCAUGGAAAGCGGAGUAACGUCCGUGGAUUUAACUUCUUUCAUUUCUGGAUAUGAAACGCCAAAAUAUGUUUACAAUAAUAGCUACCUCAAUCCUGCACAUAUCAAGCCAUACACAGUUCUGCAAAAGGAAGAAAUCCCAAUGUCGCAAAAUCAUUUAUUCGCUUCAAAUAUGAAAUAUAAAAUCAAUCCCGCAGUUUCUAUCAUGAGUAAGUCGUCCAAUGUUUCAGAGGCAGGGGGAGCAGGUAUCAUGACCCCUUUCAGCGGAGUCGCCAUGUCAACACCUUAUGCUCCAAGUGAGACGGGGAAGAAACUCCAGAUUAAUCCUCCACAGACGAAUAUAGAAGAUAUAAAAAAGGAGCUCAGCAAACAUGAGGAGUUGUCCAAUAAGGCCAAACUCGUGUCGGCCCAGGUCGACCCACCCAAGAAGGGGAAGAAGGAGGAGAAGAAAAAGAAAAAGAAGAAGUACUUCAAGUUUUGA